AUGGAGUCCCCCAGUGCCUACCUGAUGUCUCCCCACAUGGUGAGGAGGUUGCUGCAUGGGUCCGAGGCCCCGCGUUCCCCGCGCUCCGGCGCUUUCUCCCCGCUGCGGCUCGCUGCUGGGCUGCCGCGCGCUCUUUGUCUGCGGCUGGAGCUGGAGGGCGGGGCCCACGCGCUCGGCCCGCCCCCGCCGGCCCCGCCCCUGCGCCGCGGCUGCCCGCUCACCCAACUGCAGCUGCGGGCCAGCCUGCUUUGCGCUAGGAGCUCGGCCGCGCGGGAAGCCCCUCACGUGAACGGGAAGGAGCUCUCCAGGUUGUCUCAAGAGCAAACCCUGGAGGCUUUGCGCUCCUCCAAGGAGCCACUGGUUAUCCAGGUGCUGAGACGCAGCCCCCGCCUCCGGGGGGACAGCUCCUCCCAUGACUUGCAGCUGGUGGACAGUGGUACACAGACUGACAUCACCUUCGAGCACAUCGUGGCCCUGGGCAAGCUACGCCCGCCCACCCCGCCCAUGGCCAUCCUGGAGCCGUACGUCCUCUCUGAGCUCGCCCCCAUCAGCCAUGAGUAUUAUGAACCAGCAGAGUUCACAGAGGGCAGCCAGCCGGAGGCCGACCGCAUGGACGAGAUGGAGUACGAGGAGGUGGAGCUGUACAAGACUAGUCACCAUGACAAGUUAGGCCUGAUGGUCUGUUACCGCACCGACGACGAGGAGGACCUGGGCAUCUAUGUAGGAGAGGUCAACCCCAACAGCAUCGCAGCCAAAGACGGCCGGAUCCGAGAAGGCGACCGGAUCAUCCAGAUUAACGGUGUGGACGUCCAGAACCGGGAGGAGGCGGUGGCCAUCCUGAGCCAGGAGGAGAACACCAACAUCUCUCUGCUGCUGGCUCGGCCUGAGAGCGAGCUGACAAAGCGCUGGAAGGACAGUGAUCGAGAUGAUUUCUUGGAUGACUUUUGCUCUGAGAACGAGGGGGACUCCCGGACUCGCAAGUUGAAGUCCCCCCCUACCCAGCUGCCGGGAGAGGAGGAAAAGGGAGUCCCUGAUGGGGGCCCAGGCCUGAGCAACAGCCAAGAGCUGGACAGUGGAGUGGGCCGGACCGACGAGAGCACGCGCAACGAGGAGAGCUCAGAGCACGACCUCCUGGGCGAUGAGCCCCCCAGCAGCACCAGUACUCCGGGUGCGCUGCGCAGGUUUGCCUUCCAGGGGGAAGCCCUGCAGAGCCGGGACUUCCACUUCAGCAUGGACUCCCUGCUGGCUGAGGGGGCGGGGCUGGGCGCUGGUGAUAUCCCGGGCCUCACUGACGACGAAUGUGAGCGCUACCGGGAGCUGCUGGAGGUCAGAGGGCACCUGGAGAAUGGCAACCCUCUGGGCUUGCUCUUCCCACGAGCCACGGGCGGCACCAGCGCCCUGGACGUCAACCGCAACGAGAGCCUGGGUCACGAGAUGGCCAUGCUGGAGGAGGAGCUGCGGCAUCUGGAGUUCAAGUGCCGCAACAUCCUGCGGGCUCAGAAGAUGCAGCAGCUGCGAGAACGCUGCAUGAAGGCUUGGCUGCUGGAGGAGGAAGGCCUCUAUGCCCUGGCGGCUGGGGAACCCCAGAAGCAUGAGCUGUCCGACAUCUCUGAGCUGCCUGAGAAGUCGGACAGGGACAGCACCAGCGCCUACAACACUGGGGAGAGCUGCCGCAGCACCCCCCUGCUCACAGAGCCGCUACCCGAGAGCCCGCUGCGGCGCGCCACAGCCACUACUGCUGGUGGGAACUCCAACCUGAACCGGACCCCAGCCAGUGCAGCCAGCACCACAGUACCCAAGGCAACCCCCAUGCCGGGGAGCCCUGCCAAGUUCCGUUCCCUGUCCCGGGAUGCUGAGGUGGGCCGGAGACAGCACUCAGAGGAGCGGAUCCGCCGCGGCCCCAAGACAGGUGCGGCCCUGGAGCGAGUGGGCCCAGAGGGUGGUAGUCCCUACCUUUCCCGGCGCCAGCGUGUCCAGAGCCAGGAUGGGGGCGAGCACCUCCACACCUGUAUGCCACUGGCAAGGGGCCUGGAAGAGUUGGCCCAUGGCCCCUUGGGCCUGGCAGGUGGCCCUCGGGUGACCACUGCAGCCCCAGGCGCUGAAGCUCCCCGCAUGGAGUGGAAGGUCAAAGUACGCAGUGAUGGAACCCGAUAUGUGGCCAAGCGGCCAGUGCGUGACAGGCUCUUGAAGGCCCGGGCACUGAAGAUCCGCGAGGAGCGCAGCGGCAUGACGACAGAUGACGACGCAGUGAGCGAGAUGAAGAUGGGCCGCUACUGGAGCAAGGAGGAGCGCAAGCAGCACCUGAUCCGCGCGCGCGAGCACCGGAAGCGCCGCGAGUUCAUGAUGCAGAGCCGCCUGGAGUGCCUGCGUGAGCAGCAGAGUGGCGACAGCAAGGCUGAGCUCAACAUCAUCGCCCUGAGCCACCGCAAGACCAUGAAGAAGCGGAACAAGAAGAUCCUGGACAACUGGAUCACCAUCCAGGAGAUGCUGGCACACGGCACGCGCUCUGCCGAUGGCAAGAGAGUUUACAACCCGCUGCUGUCUGUCACCACUGUCUGA